UCUUGCACCUCCGCCCCAGACUGCUCCGCCUGGUCCGAAGAAGUAGCGGGUCCCGCUAGGGUAGUUUGAGGGCGGCUGAAGGUGGUGCGCAGCCUCCGGAAAGUUUUGCCUCUUCCCCACAAGUCUGUCCCCCGUUUUGUAAACCUCCCUAUGGUUCUUUUGGCGGGCACUGGAGUGCGUUUUACCAAUAACCCCAGGUGCAGUCAUGCAAGAAAACCUCAGAUUUGCUUCAUCAGGAGAUGAUAUUAAAAUAUGGGAUGCAUCAUCCAUGACACUGGUGGAUAAAUUCAACCCACACACAUCACCACAUGGAAUCAAUUCAUUGUGUUGGAGCAGCAAUAAUAACUUUCUUGUAACAGCAUCUUCCAGUGGUGACAGAAUAGUUGUUUCAAGUUGCAAAUGUAAGCCUGUUCCGCUUUUGGAGCUUGCCGAAGGGCAAAAUCAGACAUGUGUUGAUUUAAAUUCCACAUCUAUGUAUUUGGUAAGCGGAGGCUUAAAUGGCACCGUUAAUAUUUGGGUUUUAAAAUCAAAAAGAGUUCAUCGGUCUCUCAAGGAUCAUAAAGAUGAAGUAACUUGUGUAACAUACAAUUGGAAUGAUUGCUACAUUGCUUCUGGAUCUCUUAGUGGUGAAAUUAUUUUGCAUAGUGUAACCACUAAUAUAUCUAAAGAAGAAAAUGAAAAUCAUGAUCUGAUAGCUGAGUCUAAGAAAGCAUUUCUAGGAAAACAGGAUCCUAAAGAUUCCUUCAAACAGUUUGCAAAGUUGAUCUCUUCUGGUACUGAAACUGGAAAUCUAAAUAGUUCUCCAUCAUCUAACCAAACAAGGAAUCUUGAGAAAUUUGAAAAGCCAGAGAAAGAAUUUGAAGCUCAGUUCAUAUAUGAACCACCAGUUAAUGGAUCUUCAACUCCAAAUCCAAAGAUAGCAUCCUCUGUCACUGCUGAUGUUGCCAGUUCACUCUCAGAGAAAAUAGUUGAUACUAUCGGAAACUAUCGACCAAAUGCACCAUUGACAUCUGUUCAAAUCCGUUUCAUUCGGAAUAUGAUACAGGAAACAUUGGAUGACUUUAGAGAAGCAUGCCAUAGGGACAUUGUGAAUUUGCAAGUGGAGAUGAUAAAACAGUUUCAUAUGCAGCUGAAUGAAAUGCACUCUUUGCUGGAAAGAUACUCAGUAAAUGAAGGUUUAGUGGCUGAAAUUGAAAGACUUUGAGAAAAAAACAAAAGACUACGGGCUCACUUUUAAAAUUUCACUGAAUAUGUUAAUGUUUAAUAAUUUGAGGAGUUUCUGGCAACACAGAACUUCAUAGAAUCAGUAUUGUUUUCUUGGUCUCUAGGGGAGGAAAAAAAAUUUUCAAGUUAAAGGGUGUUGGAAUUUUAUACCAACCACUGUUUCAUGUUUUCUGUCACAAAUAUUAAUAUUUUUAUAUUUAAACUGUACAAUAUAUCAUUUGCAUAAUAGGAAAGUGAAAAGGAUCUUUAUUCUGAAAACUUUAGCUAUACACUAAGUGCCCUUUCUCAUAGAAAAUUGUGCAUAAAAAUAGGUUAUGUUUUUAAUUACCUUUUUAAAACAUAUUUUUGAUUGACAAAUUGCCUUCCAGAUUUUUUGGGGUAGUUUUAGAAGUUUGAUAUACCUUCUAUUUUUAUGGAGAAAAUGCCAUUGACUAAUAAAACACAGUUGGCUAGUAAUUAUUUUGUUAAUGACAUCAAGUAUGACUAUUAUUUUUUACUUGUAAAUGUGAUAAUUUUUGAAAUUUUGAAUUGUACAGAUGCAUUUUAUCUUUUGCAUUUAUGUUAGUACUUCUGAUAACUUUGUACUUCUGGUUGAUAUUUUUUAACAUUGCCUAUGAGAAAAGUUUUAAGGGUGUAUGAGACUCAACAAGAACCAUAUAUGUGCCGAUUUUCUCAUGAAUUAUUAAUAUGCAAGAUUAUAAAAGUUUUAAUCACCAUUACUCAACUAGUGAAAAUUUCAUAUUAAAUACUAAAUAUUACAAUAUCAUUGCCAUCUUUUCCUCCCAAGAGAGAAGUGUGAAUUAUUUUGUUCUGCAGUUUGUAUCAUUAACUUUCUCUAGUUCUUUCUGUGAUAUGAAUAAUAUUUUUAUAUUAUUUGCUUUAUCAUAAAAAAAUCUAUAAAGGUUCAUUGUGAAAAGAAUUCACACCCCUUUGGCAGUAGUUGGACAUUUGCAUCUACCUGCCGUGAUCUCCAUUUUAGGUGUAAGAUGAGGAGGGCAACGUGUUCAUGUUCUUAUCUCUUGCCCAAAGAGUUAUACUGUAUACCUUGAAUAUAGCUCUACUACUACAUUUUGACUUCUAAGAUAAAGAUACAUACUAAAAUUUUUUAAAAAUCUAGUUUAGCUUACUAACUUUAUUGUUUUCCAAAAUAAUGGGAAAUAAGUGUAAAUAUGCUAAAAAUUACUUCCAAAAAUGAAAACAGGAAUAUUACUUUUUCCCAGUAUAGCUCAGCAAAUACAUUGUAUCAACACAUAUAGGUGUGUUAAUGUUAUCUUUUCCUGGAAGAUUAUGAAUGCAUUAUGACUUGUAACAAGUUUCCUUAUAUGUCACCAGAAAACAGGUUUAGAAGACAUAAACAUUAGUGUGUUUUGCCUACAUGCAGUAUUUAAAUCUAUACUAUUUUCCUAUUGUCUUUUUAUAUAGGUACAUAAUGUAUAUUGAAAGGUGGAAUAAAUAAAACAAUUUUAGUAA